AUGGAUUACCAGAACCGCGCUGGCUCCAAGUUCGGCGGCGGUGGUGUCGCCUCCACAUCCGCCACCAACGCCGACCGUCGCGAGCGCCUUCGCAAGCUCGCCCUCGAAACCAUCGAUCUCGACAAAGACCCAUACUUUUUCAAGAACCACGUUGGCUCCUUCGAAUGUCGACUAUGCCUCACUGUGCACCAGAACGAUGGAUCGUACCUCGCCCAUACCCAAGGGCGGAAGCAUCAAACCAACCUAGCCAGGCGUGCGGCAAGAGAGCAGAAGGAAGGGCGCGUCGGCACAGAUCCAGUCACAGGGUUGCCAAUAGGAAUGGUUGGAGCGCAGGUGUCGGUGCGGAGGAACGUGGUUAAGAUUGGCAGGCCGGGAUAUAAGAUCACGAAGACGAGGGACCCGGUGACGCGCCAGCAGGGAUUGCUCUUCCAGCUUCAAUAUCCAGAGAUUACGCCAGAUAUGACGCCAAAGGUCCGCUUCAUGAGUGCGUUCGAGCAGAAGAUUGAGGAUCCCCCGGACAAGAACUUCCAGUACAUGUUGGUCGCGGCCGAGCCAUACCAGACGUGCGGAUUCAAACUGCAGGCCAGAGAGGUGGAUAGGACGAACGAUCGUUUUUGGACGUGGUGGGAUAGUGACUUGAAGGAGUUUUGGGUGCAGGUCAUGUUCAAGACGGAGAGAGAGGAGAGAUACAGUGGCGUGCCUGGACUUGCGCCAAGAAGGUAA